GGCGUGGAGCGGCGCACGUGUGGGUCUGCGCGUCUGGACGCCGGGGGCUUCCGCAGCCGGACGCCGAGAUGGACGCGGUGGUCUUUGAGGAUGUGGCUGUGAACUUCACCCGGGAAGAGUGGGCUUUGCUGGAUGGUGAUCAGAGGCAGCUCUACAGAGACGUGAUGCUGGAGACCUGGAGGAACCUGGCCUCCCUGGUUGGUACAAGUCAGGAUGAAAGGAGUGCAUCAAGGACUCAGCGGAAUGUUCUGCAGAAUGAGCUCCCCAGUGAAGGCGAGACCGUCUUAUGUGCAAGAAAUGAUUCGUGCUCUGUCUUUGGAGCAGACUGGAAAUUUCCUAAUGGUGGAGAUCAGACCCAAACCAAGGAAAGGCGUUUGAGAAGUCAUCUGCCGGAGCGGGUCUGUGAAAGCAGUGAAGAUGAUCGACAUGGAGAAACCAGAAGGCAGAUGACAAGUCUUCCCGUGCGUGAGGAUCGUCCUACUGGAGACAGGUCCUGUCGCUGCGCCAAGUGUAGAGACGCCUUCACCGAUGGUUCUUUCCCUGAGAAUCCACUAAGAUCCCACCCUGGACACAAACCUAGUCCCCGUGAGGAAUGUGGGCCGGCCUGCAGCUGUGUCUCUUGCCCCAGCCCUCACGUGGACACAGGCCUUGGAGAGAAACCUUAUGAACCUCCGGACACUGGGGGAGCAUCGAAGAGAGACUUGAAGAGUCGCGGUAGUAAACAAUCUUUAAAGUGCAAGAAAUGUGGAAAAACUUUCACUUGCAGGUCGUCCCUUCGGGGUCACGUGAAGGGUCACUGUGGACAGAGAGUUCAUGCGUGUGACGUGUGCGGGAAAGUCUUCAUGUAUCAGUCCUACCUUACAUGUCACAUGAUUACUCACACUGGGGAGAGACCCUAUGAAUGUGUAGAGUGUGGGAAAACUUUCCAGAAGUGUGGACAUUUUAAUCGUCACAUGGCCUCCCACAGUACCGUGAAACCCUAUGAAUGUAACCGGUGUGGCAGAUCCUUCCGGGAUAACACAGACCUGCGAAUCCAUAUGAGGACGCACACUGGGGAGAGACCCUAUGAAUGUCAGCAGUGUGGGAAGGCCUUCAGAUAUCGUGGAAAUCUGCGGGAACAUAUGCCAACACACACGGGGGAGAGACGGUAUGAAUGUCAGCAGUGUGGGAUGGCCUUCAAGUAUAACUCAGGCCUGCGAGAACACAUGCGGAAGCACACUGGAGAGAGACCCUAUAAGUGUCAGCACUGUGAAAGAACCUUCAUUCGCCACUACACACUUGUACUACAUACUGCGAGAAGGCACACCGAGGAUGGAAACUUGGAAUGUAAGGAGUGUGGUGAAACUUUCAGAAAGCAUCAACCUUUCAAAUGUCACAUGGCCACACACGGUAUCCUGAAACCCUAUGAAUGUAAGGAGUGUGGCUCAGCCUUCAGGUGCCACAGAGACCUCCAGGUACAUACGAGGACACACACUGGGGAAAGACCCUUCAAAUGUGAGCUGUGUGAGAAAGCCUUUAAGUCUCCUGCAAACCUUCGAGCACAUAUGAGGACACACACUGGUGAAAACCCCUGCAAGUGUCAGCAGUGUGGGAAAACCUUCUCGACUCCUGGACACCUGCGAGCUCAUAUGAGGACGCACAGUAGAGAACGACCUUGAACAUGUCAGCAGUGUGGGAAAGUCUUCACCUCUCCUGGAAACCUACGAGUGUCACCACUGUAGCAAAGCCUUCAGGAGUCCAUUGCGCCUAGAAGCACAC